UUGACUUAUAUUAAACACAGCCUUAUAUACGUUCAUUUUAAAGCAAUCUAAAUCCUUUGUAAUUAAUAAAAGUUGACCAAUAAAUUUAUUGAAAUCCUAAAUUUGAACUAUAAAUAAAGAGUUUGUAAAGGUUGUUCUUCACUCAUUUCCUCAGCGGCCUGACGUGUUCUUAGUUCGGCGGCACCGGCGUUUCAAGAACACCUUGGGCGUCGUCAUGACGACGGCAUUGCACCCAGUUAUUGCUGAGAGCAAUCCACUCGAAACCACCACCACAAUCAACACACUGUCUGAAGAUCUCAUCGCCGAAAUCCUAUUCAGGCUUCCGGCGAGGAACCUUCUGGAACUCAAGACCGUCUGCAAGUCAUGGAAAACCUUAAUCUCCAAUUCCAGAUUUGCCCUAAACCAUUUUCGACGCUCAAUUGCGGAUCCAACCAUGACGAAUCCUCGAUUGGUCUAUUCCACUCGCCAUUUCGUUGACUGUAAUAUCGGAUUCUUCCCCGUACAGCCAUUAUUGAAGAACACAUCAUCUCCAUCAUCAAACCCUACGACUGUCGUUAGCUUCGAGAUGAAAGAUUGCCUCGAAAUUCUUGGCUCCUGCAACGGCUUACUCUGCUUGCUCGAAAUUAUAUGUAAUUUUGUUCGGCUGUGGAACCCUUGCACCGGAGUCGAGUCCGAUUGGAUUGAAAUUGAGCAAAGAGGAGUAGAAGUUGUGAAUCACGGUUUCGGCUACGAUCAUGUGCAUGACAGGUACAAGCUCUUGUUGUUUGUUCAGAAACGUCGCCAAGAACCUACAAGCCCAAUGGUUUUGACGUUUGGCGCAAAUAAUUCUUGGUCAACAAUGCCGGAUUUCCCAUUUUACCCUCAACGAUGCAAAGGGGAAUUCGUGAGUGGCACUCUCAACUGGAUUCAUAAGGUGCCUGUCACUCUCAAUUCUUGGAUGAUAGUUUUCUUUGACUUGGCCAGGGAGAGUUUCGGUGAAGUAUUUCUGCCUUUUAUGAAUGGCGAAAACGUGUGCGAGCCUGUGUUGCAAGUGGCGAGGGAAUGUCUUUGCGUUUGUGUUGACCAUCAGAAAAGUCAUUUUGAUGUGUGGAUAAUGAAGGAGUAUGGAGUUCAAGAGUCUUGGACUAAAUUGAUUGUGAUCUCACAUGUGGAACUCAAGCAUUAUGAACCCCCUUAUCCUUUGUACCUGGUGUACAUCUAUGAGAAUGGUGUUGUUUUGACCAUUCCUCCUACAAGUUACAAGUUAGUUUUGUAUGACCCAAAUGAUCAUAACCGGUUACAUUAUCCUUUGUUUGACAGCUCAAGUGAUGGCAUGACAAAAUUUCCCAUGAGUGAGAGAGCAGCUCCUAGGGGCUUUCAUGUUUUCCAUGAAAGCUUGGUUUCACCCUCACAUCUUGGCCUUCCAAGUGAAGUAGCUUAUUGGGAUUGACAGCUGAUUAUAGCCGUUACUUAUUUGAUAUACUUUUCUUCUCAUUCACUCUAUUAACUAGAAGAUUAGUAAAUCAUUCAGUUAGAAAAGUGAAUAAGAUGAGAUUGUAAGA